AUGUUGGAUACUUCGGAUAGGCAGGUUGAGACUGAAGAUUCAGUGAACUCUCCAAUCAAAACGACUAAGAUGUCAAGUUCCCUUUCACGUCUUUCCCUAGAAAUACCCCGUAUCACAACCACGACAUCCACAUGUAUGCCUAGUAGUUCGAGAGAAGAAAGAAAUGGUUUGUAUUCCGUACGAAAUCGUAACAGGAAUGAUCGAACAUCAUUGUUGGGACAGAGUAGUCAGGACUUUGUGCAUGUGGCUAUUAGGUUAAAACCCCCUGUGCCUCAGUCUGAUAGUAGCAAUAUUUUACAAUUUUGUAUUGAAUCUGCUCCCUUAGCUACCCCCCGUACGGGCCGUAGAGGAGAAGGCACACCUCGUUGUGGAAUUCCACCUGCCGUAAAAAAUUCGGAAGAGGAGAGCUGUAAUGGUGGUACUAUUAGUAAUGGUAGUAGAUCUCUUGAAGAUAGUCGUAGUGCUUCAAAUAGUAAUGGAUUUCAUUCUUCUACCGUAGGAAUACCAAUUUCAUCUCUGGUACAAAGUAGCCCACAACAGAUUUCACUUUCUCCGAGAGUAGGAGUGAAUGGAAGUGGUAAACUAUUAACCAUUAUGUUCCCUACAGCUGAUGGUACAAAGGAGACACAACGUGUGUACGCAUUUGAUGAGGUUAUUUCACCAACUGUAACAGAUGCUGAGAUAUGUGAUGCGAUGAUUCCAGGUAUUAUUGACCAACUUAAAGCUGGAUUUAAUGCCUGUGUGCUAUGCUAUGGUCAGACAGGAAGUGGUAAGACACAUACUAUAAAUGCUCUCAUUCCAGCGUUUAUUCAAGCUUUGUUUGACAAUCUAAAUGAUCCAGAUGAUAUUGUAGAAGUUUCUUACAUACAAAUACAUAAUAACAAUGCUUAUAACCUUUUGGGAGAGGGUAAAUCAGAACAUGGAGUUUUAUUACAGAAACCAAAAGGGUCAUUAGUUCGUGAACCCCGAUAUUUAGUUCGUAGUGCAGCAGAUGUGCAGAAAAGAAUUACUGAAGCACAACGAAAACGUUUUGUAGGUUCCCAUUUGUUAAAUACGCGUAGUUCACGCUCUCAUACAAUUCUAUCCUUUCAUGUUACUAGAUGCGUUGGAGGAAUCCCUGUGUCGACAAAUCGACUGACAUUGGGUGAUCUUGCAGGUUCUGAACGUGUAAAAAGAACAGGAGUUGCCGGUGAUGAGCUAGAGGAAGCUAUUGCAAUUAACAAAUCUCUUUCUGUCUUACAUGCCGUUAUCAAAGCUACUGCAGAAGAUGCAUAUGUCUUACCUGUAAGAGAGUCUAUUCUUACACUCUACUUAGCUGCAAGCCUUUCUGGAUGUUAUCUUCUUCUUAUUGCAACGGUAUCGCUUGAAAAACAAAACUGUGCUGAAACGAAGAGUUCUCUCGAUUUUGCAACGACGGCGAAACGUUGUGUGGUAACCAAAAGUAAGGGAAAACCCAGAGAUUUUCUAGUUAGUGGUGCGUGUAGUUUUGAAGAAACGUAUGCAAAUCUCAUGAAAGAGAUUGAAACGUUGCGAAAUCGAGUUUGUACUUUACAAGAAGAAGUGUAUAUUGAGAAACAGCGAUCUGCUUUCAUGCAACAGAAAGGGGUAUCUGAUGACGUAAAUGCAACAAGAGAUAAUGAAACUAUGCCUGACAGAAGCGCUGAGGAUGUAAAAAUGCGUGAGCACGUUAUUGCCCUUGAACGUCAAUGCGCUCUCUUGCAAGAAAUCCUACGUGAGCGAGAAAGUGAGUUAAGUUCAUUAGAGUUGCGUGGAGAUAUCGCUGAGGAAGAGCGUAAAGAGUUAGAGCAACGGGCGCAGGAACGGGAGGAAGCUCAACAGGCUCUUGAAGAAGUAGCUCCACAACUUGGAACGAGUGAAUUACUUCAUAAGAUAACGGAUACAUUCCUCUCAUUGCAAGAGCAAUUUGAUAUUAUGUACCAGGAGAAACAGGUUAUGGCAAAAGCAAUGGAAGGUGUACGUAGUGAACAACAGCGAACUAUGGUAGAUCUCCUUGAGGCACGAAAAGAACUUGUACAAGCUGAAAUGAAACGGGAGGAAUCAAGACAACGAAUGGAAGAGGCCAUAUCUGAAACUAAAGUUCUCAGAGAAUGUCUUGAGGAACUCAAUUUAAAACUUCUUCGAGAGUAUGUAGAUCGUGCAGUACAUGAAGAUACCGUAGCCUGGUUCAAAGCUUCUGGAGAACGUGCAGAAGAGUGUGAACGACUAAGAUGUGAUCUUGAAGAACAACGCAAUCUUUAUGAUGUCGUUCAAAACCGUUUAAAUAUAACAGAGAGUGAACUGGAUCGAACUAAUAAGGAACAUGGAGAAGUACUUCAAGAGAUGCGAAAAAAGGAUGAUGCGUUUCGUACUAUUUGGUUGUUACUAACUCCUCAGCAAAAAGCACGCUUUAUGUCUAUUGGUUAUAGUGGUGAUGGUACAGGUGAUACUAAUUCUGCUUCUCUUCAUCAGGGCCAUGAAAACGUACAACUUCGAAGUCAAGUUCGCACGCUUAGGCGUCAACUUGAAGAAGAGUUGUCACGUAAUAAGGAGCGUGAGUACCUAAUACAAGAUUUGGAAAAGAAAAAUAAUCUUUUAGAGGGUAAUCUACAAGAGUGUAAAGAAGCCUACGACAAUCUUCUUUCCCUUGAUGAGGAUAGUCGAGCGGAGCGUCAGCAGAUGGAGCAACAACUUGCCCAUUUAUAUAACUAUAUUGAAGAGAGUAAUGUGAAAAAAUGUGCUUUUGAGAUUCAACUUCGCGAGGCCCACGCGGAAUGGGAAAAGUUAGAUGAGCAGUACCGCCAUUCCCAGCGUGAAGUUGCCGAUCUCACCGCGCAGCUUGAGAAGGCCCUUGACGAGAUACGCACGCGGGGGACCGGCGAUGAUAUCAAUAUCAACAGCCAUACAAACAGCAAUAGCCACACAAAUACAAACGGGAGUCGACGCCCACCGCCACCGUCAGAGCGACGCCGUCCACAGGAAGGAACCACACACAGUCAUCAUAGCGACAGUAGUAAGCGUCGAGCUCUGCAUCGCAGUCCGGAACUCUUGCGUAAAGUAGCAUUGCAACGCGUAGAUCUUGCAAAAUUCGCACAUGGCACCGCCAUGCAAUCCGCAGCGCAUAGUGGUCGCUUACACAGACAACGCCGUGGGGUUUCACAACCUCUACAGCUGCUUUCGUCAUCUUCACUUUCUUUUGAUGGGAGUUCACGAAUACCACUCCUUAACUCCAAUGGUAUCCAUCAUACCAAUAGUAGCCGUGCCUCUCGUCGUGGACGGACAUAUUCGCAAAAUAACGUCCGCGAUGCGGUAGUAAGGUCGGUGUUCCUGCGUGAUAACUCAACUGUGGCAGAAGUACCAAAUUAUAUCAUCGACAAGACACGACGGAGGAACUCGUAA